CCAUGAAACUGGAAAGCCCCAGUGCAGCCGACUCGCCGCUGGAGUUCGCCGUUGCCACAGAGAGAGAUUUUGAGGCUAUGUUGGCCAUCUCCAAGGGCAUCUACGGGGGCCUCGACUACCUCCCAAGCCGCUACCAUGCCUGGAUCCAUGAGCCAAACCGCACCGUCGUGCUGGCCAAGAAGAAUGGUGUGGUGAUUGGGCUCCAGUCCGUCUACAUCAUUGACGCAGGAGAGACCGCACUGGUGGAGGGACUGCGCGUGGCGCCCUGGGAGCGUGGCAAAGGCGUGGCUGGGGUCUUGCAGCGCUUCUGCUCAGCCAUGGUGAAGGAGAAGCACCCAGAAGUCAAAGUGUCACGCUUGACCCGGGAUGACCAGCUGGGUCCCAAGGAUUUGAGGAAGUAUCGCAUCAUUGCCAAACAGGGGAUCCUUCUGGUGCGCUUCCAGGCCCAGGAGCUGCUCUCCCGGCUGGAGGUCGCCAUGCUGGUGCUGGCGGAGGGUGGCUUCAGCCCAGAGCCUUCGGAGGUGCUCUUGGAGAAUGAGGUGCCACAGGUCAUCCUGAAGGAGGCCUUUCGGAGAGAGGUCCUGCCCAACCAGACCAUAAUCCAGGACUGGCAGCCCUUCAAGGCCACCGAGAGCAACCUCAGCCUCCUGAAGAAGAAGAGCCUCUGCUGGGUGGUGGAUCAGAAGGCCCAUCCCACCGUGGCCACCCUGAGCACCCAGCCCUUCUCCAUCCCGCUGGGCAAAGACUGGCACUACCUGAACAUCGAUGCCUUUGGCUGCAACCUGGCCCACCUCAAGAGCCAGCUGAUCCACCACCUGCGCCUCCAGGUGCCAGCCCUGCAGGGCAGCGUCAUGUGCCAGCUCUUCCUGGAGCCCUGCCUGUGGCUGGAGAUGGCUGCCUUCUGCCAGGGGGCCCUGGGCCUGGAGCUGGCCAAGGAUUACACAGAGCAGUGUCUGCUGGAGGCAGACAUCUGAGGGACAGGGGCCUCCCUCCCCCCGAAA